AUGACCUCGAUACCAGAAAUCAACAUUGAGUUUGGGGACUUAGGCGCUGCGCCGGUAUCUAGCCAGCUUACGCCGGCCAGAACCAUCAACGGCCGGCCGUACCACGCAAAGCGGCCUCAUAAGAAAUCCCGCGCCGGUUGUGUGAACUGCAAGUCCCGCAAGGUCAAGUGCAACGAGGAGCGACCGCGAUGUCGCGCAUGCACAUUGCGCAAAGAGACAUGUGUCUACCCGUCCACACAGCACACAUUCUCUGCGGCCAGCUCUGCUUCGUCUCGCAGCGUCCGCGCGGCAGCACUCUCAGCAGCAGCAGCAGCAACAGCAACAGCAGCAGCAGCAGCCCCCGCCUCGUCUUCCUCUGCAUCAAAUUCUUUACUGCCUCCUUCCUCCACCUCAUCAUCGUCUUCUUCUGAGGACGGGUCGGCCGCCGUUGCCUCCCGCGUCAACUCUCGGAGCGCUUCUCCGUAUUUAUACUCGUCAACGAGCGACUCGGCCAAUGUUGAAAGGGGCUGGAAUGCCUCGAGUAAUGGCCCUGUGCGCAAACAAAACAGGGGUGGCUUCAACAUGCUCGAGGAGCCUUUCUACCUCCCACCGCAGAUCGACCAGACGGACAUGAAGCUUCUCUGGUUUUACACUGCAAAAGGUUUCGAUGCAUUCGCAGCGGAGGCCGGCCACCAGCCACAAGUCGACGAGAUUUUGCGAGUUGCGAUUCCACGCCAUGCUUUUUCCAGCAGGUUCCUCAUGGACUGCUUGCUCGCCCUAUCCGCUCUCGAGCUGCAGAUACUGAACCAACCCAUUGAGCCUUCUCGCGUGCUCAUGUACCGCGCUAGGGCUUUUGCCGGCUACCGCAAAGCAAUCGAGGAAGCCACACCCGAUACGUAUCCUGCACUCCUAGCCUGUUCUCUCCUGCUAUGCUCGCUGUCGUCGGAGAUGUUUCGCGACACAGACAGCACAGCCCUGUACAUUCUCGACUGGAUGGUCGUAUGGCGCGGAAUCGGUCUUAUUGUGAAGCUUAUCAAGCCGGAAAUGCUCUUCAAGUCGGGCAUGUCCCUACUUUUUGCCCGACCGCCCAUCAACCUGGAUGCAUCAACAAAGUACAUCCCCAACCAGUUGCUCUUCAUGGUGAGCUCCAUCCGCCACGACGAGCCUGACUAUAUGCACAUCAACAUGUACUAUGAGACACUCAAGUAUUUGGGGUCGCUGUACCGGGAACUCGAGUCGGGCAUGGGCCGCAUCCUCAGCCUACGCACCAUCACGUGGUUCACAUUUCUACCAAAAGGCUUUGUCGAUGUGGCCCGUGAACACCGGCCGCGAGCUCUGAUCAUUCUAGCACAUUACCUUGUCUUUAUCAAGCUAUGCAGGUUGUGGUGGAUGCAGGGAAUUGCAGACAAGGAAAUCAAAGACAUUCGCGACGUCCUCGACGAAGACUGGUUGCUGUUCAUCUCCGGACCGCUUGCGGCCCUAGAGACUGAUGAUGAGAUCUCCAUUGGCAAAAUCCUCCUCAAUAACAACUCUUGGCAGCCGGACUUUUUCUACGAUCAAACUCGGGACAACCAGCUGAGGAGCUUGGGCCUUGUUGACAACUCCGGCCGCAAUAUCAUAUUCAACGGCUCCUGGAUCCAAGCUGAUACAGGGAAGCCAGCAGUUUGGAACAUGACCGAACCUCUUGACACAUCGUCGGCCAUCUUUCGCCCUGAAGAGAUUAUUGGACUCCGGCAUCUAAGUCUGAAUAUCCCAGGCGAAUCCCCCUCCGCGAAGGAGACCACCGGCGACGGCAUUGACAUCACCAAUAUAAACCCUUGA